UACAUAUAUCAUAUCAUGUCAUAGCCAUCACAAACUAAUAUAUAUGAUUUCUUGUAUGUAUGUACAUAUACAUAUGAACACGUGGGGCAAAUAUAUCCACAAUGUUCGUUUUACGUUUUUUUGGUAGAAAAAAAUAUAUACAGCGAUAAGAUGGAAUAUAAUUGUUGGCAGGGUAACGACCCCCCUAAAAACAAGUCUGACACAGACUGUUGGAAAUUUUUAUUCUGUGGGUCGCCAAAUCCAAAAUUUAUUUCCUUCUGUUGCGGUGGUGGUUGCGAUUUGACGACUCCAAACACAAACCAACCACUCAUCUUAUACCAAAUAUUUUGUUGUAAAGCACAUAAAGCAACUUUAGAAGAAUUGAAGAUGGGUUUGGACGUCAAAUCUUUCCUGAUGGACUUUGUGGCCGGUGGGGUCUCAGCUGCAGUUUCAAAAACAGCAGUGGCUCCAAUUGAACGAGUGAAACUUCUUCUACAAGUUCAGGCGGUAUCGAAGCAAAUUUCGAAGGAGAACCAGUACAAGGGAAUGAUUGACUGCUUCGUUCGUAUCCCUAAAGAACAAGGAUUCCUCAGCUUUUGGAGAGGAAAUCUCGCUAACGUGAUCCGAUACUUUCCAACCCAAGCACUCAAUUUUGCUUUCAAGGACAAGUUCAAAAAUAUUUUCCUCUCUGGAGUGGACAAGAAGACGCAGUUUUGGCGUUAUUUCCUCGGAAAUCUGGCAUCCGGAGGAGCAGCCGGUGCAUCAUCGUUAUGCUUUGUGUAUCCAUUGGAUUACGCCCGAACGCGUUUGGCUGCCGACAUUGGCAAGAAAGGUGGGAAAGGUGGGAAAGCAGAGCCUGGACCUGGCAAAGCGAGAGAAUUUACCGGCAUGGGUGACUGUAUCAAGAAAACGGUCAAGUCGGACGGUUUAUUAGGACUGUAUCGAGGAUUUGGUGUCUCUGUGCAAGGAAUUAUCAUCUAUCGAGCUUGCUAUUUUGGAUUUUACGACACUGCCAAAGGAAUUCUCCCUGAUCCCAAGAACACUCCACUCGUCGUGUCCUGGGCCAUUGCUCAAUGUGUCACCACAAUCUCUGGAAUUGUAUCGUAUCCAUUUGAUACGGUUCGACGACGAAUGAUGAUGCAGUCAGGUCGUCCCGUGGCCGAGCGACCCUACAAGAGCACGAUGGAUUGCUGGAGAAAAGUUGCGGCUCAGGAAGGAACCGGAGCAUUCUUCAAGGGAGCGUUCUCCAACGUUUUGCGAGGAACGGGAGGUGCAUUUGUUUUGGUGUUGUACGAUGAAGUGAAGGAGAUUUUCUUCCCAGGCUCUACCUCAGGCUCCUCAGGCGAAUGAAGGAUAGUUUACUCAAUCCCUUGCAUUUUGUAAUCUCAAAAUCAACUGAAUUCGACUAAAAUGUUUCAAAUUAUUAUGAACCAGAAAUUAAGCACUUGUUAAAUUCUCUGAGCGAAUAAAUCAAUGGUUUAAAGCAAA